AUGACGAUAUCAUCAAGACAGUAUACACAGGAGAGGUUGGACUACUACUACAAGGUCAUCAACAGGACCAUCAUUGCAAAGCAAAAUGCCUCAAGUGGCUUGAUGCCUGCUUCUACAGCCAUCACGAGCCAUGGAGACUACACGGAUGCUUGGGUUAGAGAUAAUGUGUAUUCUAUAUACGCAGUGUACGGAUUAGCUUUGGCGUACAAGCGAUUAGAUGACAACACCGGAAGAGCCUUUGAGCUUCAAUACUCUGUGGUCAAACUGAUGAGAGGCUUGCUGUUUGCCAUGAUGCGCCAGUCAGCCAAAGUCGAGAAAUUUAAGCAAACGCAAUCACUGGAGCAUUCGCUGCACGCCAAGUACAAUACACAGACAGGCGAAACGGUAGUGGGUGAUUUUGAAUGGGGCCAUUUGCAGAUUGAUGCGACCAGCUUUUUCUUGCUGGCGUUGGCUGACAUGACAUCUGGAGGAUUCAACAUCAUCUACUCUCAGGAUGAAGUGGACUUUGUGCAGAAUCUUGUUUUUUAUAUCGAACGUGCUUAUCGCACGCCUGAUUACGGUAUCUGGGAGAGAGGCAACAAGAUCAAUCAUGGCCAGCCCGAGUUGAAUUCCUCAUCUAUCGGUAUGGCAGUUGCAGCACUCCGUGCUAUCAAUGGUGUCAAUCUAUUUGGAGCUCAUGGUGGUCCCUCAUCUUUGAUUCAUGUUUUACCAGACGAGCUGACUCGAAACGCCACGACAUUGCACAGCUUUUUGCCUCGAGAAUCGAAUUCCAAGGAGAUUGAUGGAUCCGUAUUGUCGAUUAUUGGGUUUCCAGCAUUUGCCGUGGACGAUCCCGAGUUGAUUCAACGCACCCGGGAUGAAGCCAUCAAGAAACUGGAAGGAAAAUACGGUAUGAAGCGAUUUUUGAGAGACGGACAUCAAACGGCUGUGGAAGAUACAUCUCGCUUGUACUAUGAUCCCAAUGAACUGAAGGUGUUUGAGGAUAUCGAAUCAGAAUGGCCCUUGUUUUUCACGUACAUGGUCUUGGAGGGUCUGUUUACAGGAGAUCUAGAGCAAGCUGAAAACUAUAGACAGAAAUUGCAGCCCUUGAUUGUGGAUUCAGCCACCAUGGCCAGACCGUUGCCCAGUAAAUCCAACUCCAGCAACGGCUCAUCCACCACCUGGCAUCACCAUACUCGCUCGGACUCGAUUCCCUUGAACCACAUCAACGAAGACACUGACAAUGAACAAGACGAUGACGACGAUGCUAUCCACAUUCCUCUUUUGCCCGAGCUGUAUUAUGUGCCUGCUGAGAGCAUUCAUGCAGAAAAAGAGAACCCACAUUCGCAAAAGCGUGUGCCCAAUGAAAAUGUACCCCUAGUGUGGGCUUUGUCGCUGUACUUUUUAGGUGGUUUGAUCACGGAAGAUCUUCUCAGUCCUUCAGAAGUAGAUCCACUUGGUCGCCGCUUUAACAGCACCAAGAUGGUUAAAGACACCAUGAUCCAGAUUGUGCUCCUGUCGGAAGAUCAGCAACUGCAAGCUGCACUCUCCACCUAUGGUCUUGAAACGCAAACACUGGACCAAAUCCCAACUACUACGACUGUCUUGCCUCCUCAAGCACUGGUCGAUGUGUAUAGUGGAUUAGGACUCAACAGUAAGAUGGAAAUGACAGGUCGACCCAAGCGACCUAUCGGUGUGCUAGGCACAUCCCGCUUCUACAAGAUCCAAGGGCAGACAUACGCAUUCACUCCUCACUUCAUGGAUAACAACGAGUUUUACAUCAAUGCGGACCCCGACUAUUUGGUAUCUGAAUUUGAGAAUGAGCUCACUUUUACCAAGAAGAACUGGUAUUAUCCAGGCCGUCCUACUAUGAUCGUCCUGCUAUCGCACGGUUUGCUAGGCACUACCAAAGAAAGCAGCAACAUCUUGCUCUCCAACUCGGCCGAUGCAUCCAAAAAGAACUUACUCAACUUCUUUACCAAUCUCCGUGGCGGCUAUGCUUGUGAAGGUGAUGUCCGCGUCAAGUUGUGCAGACUGGCCGAGACCAUCAAUACCAGCAACAUACAAUCGUUGGAUUUCCUGAUCAACAAGCCUGAAGUCAAUUGGAAACGCAUCUUGCGCGUGGCUCAUGCCUCUCGCACCCACAAAAAGAAGCUGGGAUACAACGAGCACAAGACACAAGCAAGUACGCCUGGUCAUCGCACGCCUGGCGGUGAUUUGAUGAGCGGUGGAAGAACACCCAAGCGUAAAAACACAACCUUCUAUGGCAAGUCCUUGGCGUCUCCCUUGGACAAGCUGCACGAUGAGAAUUACUUUGAUCAGUUAGCUAAUGCUCUUAGUCAAUUAAAGGCCAAUUCUGAACAGCAUCAGCAAUUUAAGCUCAAGAACCACGAAGCCAGCAAACAACCAGUCAUGUCUGAAUCGCCCACAUCAGGCAUCUUUACACCUGGAUCCACCACCAACAAGACUGGCAGUGUGCCCAAGCAAAUCCCAGAUCAAUCAGGCUCACCUCAUGAGAUGCUAUCUCUGACGUUGGGCGACUCAUCUCAGUUUGAUCAAGCUGUUGAAAGUUUAAGAGCCUCAGUGAAUCUAUACGAUCAAAUAGAUUUACUGCAGUACAUGGUGUCAUGCAGACCCAUGAGCUAUUAUGUGGAAGCACUCGAAACCACCAUCUUGGAGCUCUUGGAAGAGGUCUACUUGAAAUCCAAAAAGUCAAAAUACUGGUCUAUUGCAAGACAAGCAGCAGGCUUGUUGCACAAGAAUGUCCCUUCCUUGACUAUUAAUAUCACAGAUCUGGUUAUUAGACAAAAACAAGUUAGCAUUGGAUCAGGACCUCAGGAAUACCUGAUUUCUAUGCCUGUUGCACCAGACACUUUAAACAAGAUGAUCAGCGAGCAUUGUAUGGAUGAUGUGCGUGAAGGUCCUGUUGUGCAAGAAAUCAUCAUUUACUUGGGUAACCUCAUUCGCACCCAGCCUGACAUGUUUGAGGGUAUUCUUCGUCUGAGAACCCACUACAUCAUCAUUGCCCUGAGAGAAGAAAUCAGCCGUAUCAACAACAGCGAUGAGGAAGAAUCAGUCGAGCAUUUGAUGCAGCUCUCUCCCUUUGAGCUGGAAUCCUUGUUAUUCACAGUCUUGUCUGGCCCUCGUCUGUGUCGUAUGAACAACCUGGUGGUACGAGAUCGUCCUGGAGGCUUCUUGAUGCUGUCUACCAACAACUCUGCUUACAAGAACGAAAAGGCAGCACACGAUAACGCUUACAUUCCGCUUAUUUCGGACAUCCAGAACAGCCUGUCCAUCAAGGCACAGUCUGGUGGCUAUUUCUCCGGUAAUUUUGCCAAGGUGGAAAUCAACGGCAUCGUGAUGGAAGCGAAUUCAAGAGGUAUCCAUGUCUGGGCUAUUGAUCGCAGCCAAAACAGCAUUCUGGAGCGUGCAUCGUUUGAUACCCACAUCUCUGAAGAGGAGAGCAGAGCGUUUGUUCAGUUCAUUCAUUCCAUUGCAAAGGGCAUUGUUAUUGUCAUUGCUUCCAAGGACGAAUUUAUUGAAAACCUAACCCAUGAAGCGAUUGUUACAUUGCAACAAUUGGGAAGCACCAAGAUUGAUGAUGUGCAAUACCGAGAUUCAUAUGUAUUUAUUGGUGAAAAAGGUGAUACCGAGCACAUUGUAGAGGGUCAUCAACUGUCCACGGAGGGUCCUACUGAAUUGAUCGAAAAGACAUAUGUCCUCGACAAAGAACUCGCCAACAACCAAAAUGUCCAAAUCACGAUGGAGAACCUGCACAACUUUUUCCCCAAUGCCAACGGUCGUUGGUUGCGUCGUCGCAAGAAUGAUGGUGCGCUCAAUCGAGUACCAUCUUGCAAUUUCUUUCCUCAAGUGUGGUCUAUUCUGGAUAAAUCCAAGGGCCUUUGCAUUAGAAACCACAGCUUGCCUAGAGACCCCAUUGUAUUGGAAAAGACACCUGAAGAAUUCAACUUUGCAUUGGCUGUAGAGUCAUUCUUGGGCUGGUUCACUGAUCCUGCUGAGCGUCAAGUAGCCGUUGAAGUACUAUCCAUUAUCUAUCAGCAACAAGAUCAGCAGCGCAAUGUGUGGUAUGAUUUGCCAGCGAUUAUCAAUCGUGCCAUUGAAAAGUUUUGGACAAGAUGGAUCGAGCUCAACAAAUCCAGCAUAGAAAGAGGCGGUCUUGUGUUUGAAAACGGAUCCAACUAUCACCAACAUGCUGAUCUUGCUCGGAAAUUGUUCUUUGAUUUGCCCUUGGAUGGCACAGAAAGCACAUCCACGUACAUUAAAUCUAGUCUCUUUUAG